GGGUUCAAAAUCAGAAUCAUCAGGAUCAGACAGACUAGACAGAUCAGUGAAUAAGUUGUGCGAAUUUAUUGAUAGCAUUGUUUCACAUAUUGUUUCCUAGAAUAUAUUCAUUAAAAUGAAGCAGAAAAAUCGUCAUAUAUCGAAGAAAACUAAAGCAGCUUGGAGGAAAAAUGUCGACAUUUCCGAUGUAGACACUUUUCUGGAAGAGCAACGACAGGAAGAACGUAUCGGCACUGUCGCUGACAAAUCGGACGCCGAGCUCUUUCUAUCCGACACGAUUCCGUCUGUCGGAAAGAGUUUGAAAAAGACACGCAAAGAUAAAUUUUCCGCAGACCCCAAGUUCUGCAUCUCCUUGGAAAACAGUUCCAAAGUACCGGACCCAAUCGUCAAGCGAAAUAGGGUGACCAACGAGGCCAAAAUAGCCAAAAAGGAUUCACAAACUUCAAAGCUAGAGCAGAAAAAGUUAAAAUCCUUCAUCGGCAAUAACCGAAAAUUGUUACGCGGCCUCAAGGCUAGUGGCAAUGUCAGCAAAGAUCUUUGGGCUGAGGAACCUAUUCCGGCUGAACUUAAAGACGAAUGGUUUCCGCAGAAUGUGGUGCUACACCAUAUGAAGAAUACCGGAAAGCCUCUGGUUAAGGUGGCUGAAUCAACGCACGCCAAACCAAAUGCCGUACGAAACGUUGAACUGCCGGUCAGUGGAUCCAGCUACAAUCCAUCCAUCGAUGACUACAACGAGCUGAAGCAGACUGUAAUCCAGAAGGAGCGGCAGAAGAUAAAGCAUAGUGAACAUUUGGACCGGGUUGUGACGAAAAAGUUCAUUAAAAUGUCCAAAGAAGAAAGGGAAGCUAUGGUUCUCAAGGAAAUGUCCGAGGGUUUAUUCGAGAAUGCAGCGGAAAAAGUCGCAGCUGAAGUCGAUGAUGAUAGUGAAAAUGAAUACUCUGCAGUCAAUCAGCCGGUACAAAACAAAAAGAAAAAGCGAAGUGAGAAGAAUCGGCAAUUUAGGGCGGUUGCUAGACGGAACUUGGAAGUGGCCACUAAGGUUGAACUUAAGAAACUGAAGGACAUCAACAAGGUACACCAAUUGAGUUCAGAACUUAACAAGAGGGAAAAGAAGACAGUAAAGAAGCAGGAGAACCGCGCCAAACGUUCGGAAGAGAAGAAACAGAAGCCCGGGCGGGUGGCCUAUAUGCAGUAUGAAGAACCCGAGGAUGAUUUUGUGGAACCGACUGAGUUGGCGGACAGUCUGCGGACGCUGGCUCCGGUCAAGAGUUUGGCGGCAGAUCGAUUCAAAAGUUUUCAGAAGCGCACCCUAAUUGCACCGAAGAAGCAUCGGGACGGAAUUUCGCGCACGAACAGGUCAACGCUCAAGAAGUGGAAACGGUACACGUUGCCUACACAUAAAGAAACAUCAUAAUUUUAGCAUUGUUAGUACUUUUCUCUGUAGAUUAUUUUUUGCUUCAAAUAAAAUUAUUCAAGUACCAAUAACCUGAUCACAUAAACCAUAAA